AUGACCCAAGAUGGGAGUUUAAAAACAAUUUCAGCAGUUAUUGCAGAUAAAUUAAAGGCAGCCGGAACAAUGAAUGCGUCUGACUUAACUGCGAUGAUGAUUUCUCCUAUCCAAGGACCAUCUCAACAAACAUCUAUGAAACGCCGUGUUUAUGACGUCAUUGGCGUACUUGCAGCUGCAGAUAUUAUUACCAAAACAGGAACUACUAUCACAUGGGUUGGUUAUUCAAACAAUAUGAGAGUUCAACAGACAAAAGUAAAUGAUCUUACGAAAACCUUAUUAGUUAAAGAUAAAAUUGAAAAACUCAAGUAUAAACUUCGAUAUCUGUCAUAUAUUAACGCAUUAAUUGUACGAAAUCGAUCAAUACCUCGACCUCAAGUUUAUAUACAGCUUCCAUUUAUAGUCUUCCAAGCAAAUUUUUCCAUAAAACAAUCCAAGGAUCAGCUUAUUCUCAAAUUAGCCAAUAGAUCUGAUAAACCUCCGCAUAUUAUUACACAAUUCGAUAUAGCUUCUAGUAUAGAUUACAAGUUUGACUUAGAUAAUGCCCUAAUUUCUAACUUUCCUUCUGUGAAACCCGCUUAUGAAUUAAUAAAUGCCUACGAUGACGAAAAUGGAGACGAAGCCUUCUAG